AUGCUGUUUCCGGGGGAACGGCUGUUAAAUGAGGUGAUGAGUGAACAUCCGGGAGAACUGAUGCGAACCGGGAGUCCGAACAUCAUAUGUUCGGCACUACCGACGCAUUGGAGAUCCAAUAAGACAUUACCCGUGGCUUUCAAAGUGGUUGCGUUGGGAGAAGUGAACGACGGAACUCUCGUCACCAUUAAAGCCGGUAAUGACGAGAACUGGUGCGGAGAACUCAGAAAUGCUUCGGCCAUCAUGAAGAACCAGGUGGCCAAGUUCAAUGACCUCAGAUUUGUCGGCAGGUCCGGACGAGGCAAAAGUUUUUCAUUGACAAUAACCGUCAGUACAAACCCACCACAGGUUGGCGUUUAUGGCAAAGCAAUUAAGGUUACAGUGGAUGGACCGCGAGAACCAAGAACAAUGAUGACGCCUUGUUGGCCAUUUCCCGGACCACAACAACAAUUACGUGCGUUUGCCUCACGCAAACCAGUGGUGUUGGGCGCCGGUAAGUACCUACACUCCCCGACACGUAACGGCGGUAACGGCACGCGACGGCUCACCGCUAACCGGCGAUUUUGUGUUCGUCUUGUCACCCGUGAUGUGCGCCCCGCAGCCGUGGCCGCAGAAUUACCACAUCGACGCUUCCCAACACAUCACUCACAAGACAACAAUGCUUUCCAUUUGAGUGGUGCUGGAGAUUGGAGUCCGUAUUACAGCACAUAUUUGGCCAGCGCUGCCACGAGUGCACUGACGGCCAGCUCUGGAUUCCCGUCACCGCCGGUGUCUUAUCCUAUGGGAGACACAUCUCUGGUCUCUGUGUCGACAGGAAAUAACAACCCAAUGGAUACGUGUCCUCCCAUUAAUGCAGAACUGAUGCUUUGA